UAUUCUUAUCUUUUCUUACCCAUACAUACAUUUUCAUUCCUUUUGUGAAGAUGAAUAUGAUUUUUCCUUUUGUGAGUGAGAUCAAGUAUAUAGAAAAUACUCUCUUUUCUCAUAUGUAUCUGUAACUCUUUCUUUCUUUCUUGCCGACUCUAAUGGAAAAUCAAAAUCUUGAUAAAAGCGUCAUCUCCGACCAACCUCGGGAAAUACCUUUUCAAGAAUCUGUUCCUUGUAAAAACCCAAAAAGAAACAAAUAUGCUUUUGCUUGCUCUCUUUUAGCCUCUAUGACAUCCGUUUUAUUAGGUUAUGAUACGGGAGUGAUGAGUGGAGCAGUGAUUUACAUAAAGGAAGACCUUAAAAUCUCAGAUGUACAAAUCGAAAUCCUUGUGGGAACAAUCAACAUAUACUCUCUUGUGGGUGCUGCUCUAGCUGGUCGAACCUCAGAUUGGAUAGGUCGUCGAUAUACCAUUAUUUUUGCCUCUGCAAUAUUUUUUGCAGGAGCAAUAUUGAUGGGAUUUGCUACAAACUAUGGUUUUCUCAUGUUUGGUAGGUUUGUGGCUGGUAUUGGAGUUGGAUAUGCUCUUAUGAUUGCACCAGUUUAUACUGCUGAGGUUGCCCCGGCUUCUUGUCGUGGGUUUUUCACUUCUUUCCCUGAAGUUUUCAUCAAUGGAGGUGUGUUACUUGGUUACGUAUCAAACUAUGCAUUUUCCAAGCUGCCCACGAAAUUGGGAUGGCGAUUCAUGCUUGGAAUUGGUGUCAUUCCAUCAGUCUUCUUAGCCCUUGGUGUUCUUGCCAUGCCCGAGUCACCUCGUUGGCUAGUCAUGCAAGGUCGUCUAGGAGACGCUAAACGAGUUUUAGACAGAACGUCAGACACAUUAGAAGAGUCCAAAAUGAGAUUAGCUGACAUAAAAGAAGCUGCUGGUAUACCACAAGACUGCCAAGAUGAUAGUAUAGUUUCUGUCACACGACGUAGUUCUCAUGGUGAAGGUGUAUGGAGAGAAUUGUUCCUCCAUCCUACCCCUGCUGUUCUUCAUAUUCUCAUUGCAGGCAUCGGUAUUCAUUUCUUCCAACAAGCAAGUGGUAUAGAUGCUGUGGUGUUGUACAGUCCGAGGAUAUUCGAGAAAGCAGGCAUUACUAAAGACAACGACAUACUACUUGCCACUAUAGCUGUUGGAUGUAUGAAGACAUUCUUUAUCUUGAUAGCUACAUUCUUGGUAGACAAAGUUGGAAGAAGAGUUUUACUUCUAUCAAGUUGCGGUGGUAUGAUUCUCUCCUUAUUAGGCCUAGCAACUGGCUUAACCAUAAUUGAUCACUCAGAUCAUAAGCUAAAAUGGGCAAUAGUCCUUUGCAUAUGUACAACAUUAUCUAGUGUUGCUUUCUUCUCAAUUGGCAUGGGUCCUAUUGCAUGGGUAUACAGUUCAGAAAUCUUUCCAUUGAGAUUAAGAGCUCAAGGUUGUAGUAUAGGAGUGGCAGUGAAUAGAGCAAUGAGUGGAGCAAUUUUGAUGACAUUCAUAUCAUUGUACAAGGCUAUUAGUAUUGGAGGGGCUUUCUUCUUGUACACUGGAAUUGCAGUAAUUGCUUGGAUUUUCUUUUACACAUUGUUACCAGAAACACAAGGUAGAACACUAGAGGAGAUGGAGGAAUUGUUUGGUACUUUCUUUAAGUGGAGAUCUACUAUGAAAGAGUUGAAGAAAAACAAAGUGGAAAGUGAUGGUAGUGCUCAAGUUCAGAUGGAAAAUAGCCAGCCUUAAAUAGUGAUUGUACUACUUAAUAUUAACUAGUCAGAAUUUGAACACAUAACAUGCACAUUUUAGCUUUUCUUUUUUGUUUUCUAAGUACAUGAAAAACGUCCCAGAUAUUAUGCUAAUUGUGCCCCAUAUAUUAUUUGAA